AUGCCAACUGCCCAGCGUUCGCGCCCUCGCAAUAUGGUCUCACAAGCGCAAAUCGUCGAUCGCAUCGCGCCCCUUCAAAGCGCCCCCUCCCUCGUGUCGCGACCCUCUCAGUCCGGCCACCGACACCAUCGGCCAGGCCGCUCACACCAUGGUGGCUCCAUGCAGUCCUACUCGAACGAUUUCCCCAUCUUCACCUACACCGGCGACACCGAGAUCGUGAUCCGCGCUGGCUCGCAGGAGCGCCGCUACCUUCUCCACCGCCUCAUAUUAGCACAGUGCUCGGGGUUCUUCGAGGCAAGCACCAACGAGGACUGGUCGCGUCAGGGUGCCCCUCCGCCGGCGAAGCCAGACGGCACGUUGUCGCGCGUGAGUGAGGACUCAUUGUCUAAUGGAUCAACGCUAGUCCCCUCGGACCAGGGCACGAUCCCGGCGCGCGCGGAAGAGAAGCGCCGAUGGAGGUAUGAGCUCGAUUGGGAGAAUCGCGGGGAGGAUGAGGAGCCGAUCCUGGUCCAAAAGCAACCCACCUACGCCCCAAUGCUCAGCGGCGCCCAAAUCGUAUACCCUCCGACAUCGACGAAGCCGUCCAAUGCGCAGGCAGGCUUCUUCCGAUCUAUGGCGAACUUGGCUGGUAUGCAGUCGGUAGUCCAUCUACCACAGACCGGCAGUGGAGACCAUGGCCCCGUCGAUCCGUUGAUCCGCGACUACGACAACUUCUUCCGGUUGUUUUACAAUCAUCCGCCAGUCCUCAAUAGUGUCAACAUUGCCUCUGCUUACACAGAGUGCAAGUCUCUCCUCGCCUUGGCGGACAUGUACGACGCACUGCCGGUGACCGGUCCACGGGUCGACCACCAUCUUUUGGGAUUUGGCUCGCGCCUGUUCAAACAAAUCGCCAAGUACCCGCCCAGCUACCUCAAACUGGGAUACCUGGCUCGCAGCCGAGUCAUCUUCUCCGAAGCGUUGAUUCAUGUGGUGGGCCAAUGGCCCGCGGCCCUACCGAAUCUACGCAACGGCUCAUACGCCCCUCUGCCCAACUCGGUUCUCGAUCUUAUAGAGGACAAGUACGAGGAUCUCGAGGACCUCAAGGCCCGCGUCGAAUCCAAGCUCUUCCGCCUUUCCCUUACAACCUCCCGCGGGGAACGUGUCGGGCCGUCGAAUGCAUACCUGGAUUGGGUAGCCGUCUCCUUAUUCCGCCAAUGGCUAAUUGAAAACACCACUCCCCCGCCCGCGCCCAUCCUCAAGAACUCUUCCAACGCCUCCAGCACCGCUCCGCCACCGACAAUGUCCGGCUCACAAACAACCUCCACAAAACCAACCGCCCCGCCCGACCCAACCGCCCGCGUGUACCGCUUGAUCGGGUCCCCCUCGUCCCAGGCAUACCUCGGCCACGAUGAAGUCAAGCGCUUCCUCAAAUUGCACCCCACCCCCUCCUCGGAUGCUCUGUACACGCGCGAGACCCUGAAACGCUUCGAGCGCAAACUAGACGAGAUCAAGCGGCUGGCCCGCGAGAUCGUCAAGCCGCUAAUGCGGAACUUCCUCGAGCUGGAGCUGAAGAGCAGCAUUGAGCAGGCCACUGCUACCGCCAGUGCCCACGACAGCGGCACCUCCGCCGGACUCCCAUAUUUGACCUGUACCCGCGUAGAAGAAGCUGAUUUACCCUGGGACCUGGGACCUUUGAAAUGA